AAUUAAUUUUCUGCCUAUUACUUAUAAACCUAUUGCGUAUUAUAAAUCUAUAAUAAUGAAUAGCUUAUUACGUAGAAGCAUUUUUCCAAUUUACGCUAACUCGCUGAAGUUAUCAUGUCGUUCAUUUGCUGAUGUUCCUAUAAAAGACAAAAUCGACACUAUAGUUAAAAAUAAUAAAGUGGUAGUAUUCAUGAAAGGUGUGCCAGACGCUCCAAGAUGUGGGUUCAGCAAUGCGGUAGUUCAGAUCAUGAGGAUGCACGCAGUUCCCUACGAUAGUCACGAUGUUUUAUCGGAUGAAGACCUAAGACAAGGUAUCAAAGACUAUUCUAACUGGCCAACAAUCCCACAAGUCUUUAUCAAUGGUGAAUUUGUUGGGGGUUGUGAUAUAAUGCUGCAAAUGCACCAAUCAGGUGAGCUUAUUGAGGAACUCAAGAAAGUUGGCAUUAAGAGUGCACUCCUUACUGCUGAAGAGUCUAAAAAGGAGGAAUUGAAAUAACUGAAUAUUAGGUUUAAAUACUUUAAUAGAUAUGCAUAGGUUAUUAUAAUUUAUUGAUGUAUUACUCAUGUGGCU